ACAAAAAUCUACUUGGGCACUUUUAUCCUAUAAAUAAGAGAGGGGUUUCAGCUUCGGUGCAUUUGUUUCACGGAGGUGAGUGUGAAUCGUUUGUUGACGUCUUAGCGUUUUUUGGACGUCCUCAAGUUCAGCAACAUGAAUACUUUGGUAAUCAUCCCUUUAAUUCUGUGCAUCGUCCAAGCUAGCGCUGUAGACAAACAAGACAAGGCAAAAACGACUCCAUCGCAAUCCAACACGAUUCAACCCAACCAAAAAUAUGAAAUGUACUACCACCCCAUAAAGUACCACCAACCAGUGCAACAGCUGCAGCUCCAGCCCGUCCAGCAGCCCAUCCACCAGUACCAACAGCUCCAGCAACUCAACCCGAAAGCCCAAUACGUCCCCGUCCAAAUCAUCCAGAAACCCUACUUUGUGCCACACACCCAGCCCCAAGCCAUGAUCAUCAUCGCUCAGCCCGCCCUCGUGCCACAAAGCCUCGUCUACAGCAACCCCACCCAACAACUCCUCAACUACUUCCACAGCAACCCCCAAGCCAAGUACCAGCUCCUCCACGGGAACUACCAGCAGCAAACCCAAACGGCCCAAGCCCAAACCGUCCAGCCCACCGCCACUUACAUGCACCCGGUUCUGGCAACCCCCUCGAACUACAUCCUAACCGCAGCGCCCCAGUACCAACAAGUCGCAACCCCGCAGUACCAGACCGUGGCCCCACAACCCCAAGUGGUGACGCAAUCUAGCCCCGUCCCAGCCCCCGCUCCCCAAUACUCCACCCAACAACCCCAACAGCAACAACCAGCGCAGUUGGGCCAUUUGGCCCAUUUGGCCCAAUUGGCGGCCCAGCAGUACGUCUCGACUCAGAUGAAAACAGCCCCGGCUAUUGUCACUGGUUUCGAGCAUUUCACCCCAGAACAACAGGCCCAGAUUAAGGCGCAGUUGAGUUCGCAUUUAGGGACCAACUUCCAUGCUGUCUCAAGCCCUAACCAGUAUUCCGCCAAAUAUGUGGCUGAACAAGACAACAACAAUAAUUUUGUGCCAAGUCCCCAGAUUAAGUCCGAACCUGUUACAACAAUCAGUUCGCAGACUGGGGAUAUUCUGAAGACGCGUUACGUCAAGGGAAAAAAUUAAACAUUCGUAAAAUAAAUUUCCUUCUUCUUUACUGUUUGAGGAACAGUGGCGUAACUAGUCUGUAACAUAGAGGCACAUUAUUUAUUAAAUUUUCUGGGUACGCCACCAUUUUUUGGGAGUUAACUGUGGCUUAAGACUGAUGGAAAUGAUAGUUACCUGUAGCAACAUGUUUAGCCCGUUGUUCGCAAGUGCAAGGGGUGCCUUUACCUUUACCAUUUGCAUUGUAUAUAACCCAAUCAGUAUUUCAUUCUCAAAAUUGAUCGAAGGUAAACGCAUUAAUUUGCACUUAACGAUGAAAAUGCUUCUUAGUUUAUGUUUUUAUAUCGCAUUAAUAAACUACUAAAACUCU